CCUCUCACCACCCGUCCCUCUUCUGAAUCUUCUGUCCUCUCCCCCCUCCAGCAAUCAGUAACUCAGUAGCUUAAGAACAAUCUACCCUCCUCCCUCAAUCGCCACUCGUCAUUCUUCACUCGUCACUCGCCACCCCUGACGCUCCAUCCCCCACUCUUGCGAUCUCUCCUCACCAACACUCAUCAACCAUGACCCGCAAGCGCAACAAGCAUUCUUCGUCGCUUUCCCAGAAACCCCUCCCCAAGCGGCAGGCUGUCGAUGCUGCUGGCCCCCCCAUGGUUUGCAGUGGCUCUGCCAAUGACGAAACCCUCUUCCCCACCAACUCCACCUCGACACUCGGGUCGGAAACCUACACCAGUGUCUCCCCCUCCAAUCCACGUAGUCUCAGCCACUGCCCGUACGGCUUUACAACGCACACCCACCUGGACCCUCAGACACUGGAGCCCAUCGGUUUCCAGAUAGUCCCUAACGCCCCCUACCGCCCCAAUGAUACUCAGAGGCCAGCUCCAACUCUCGAACAGCUCAUCCAUCGACUUGAUGUAAUUGAGGCUAAAGGCAAUGUCAACAGGAACGAGGAGGACAACAACCAAGUUCUCCGGGCUAUCAACUUUCUAGCUGACACGAUCGCGAAGAAUACCGAGCAAGUCGCCAAGAUGAACAGCCGCCUCGACGAGCUCCAUGAAGCCCAAGCCGAUUUGGUUCAUCGAGUCGACAAGCUGUCCCAGGGAAUGGCCGAUGUCGACGACUCCAUGUCCCAACACGUGGAGGCAGUGGAGGAUCGCCUGGUGGAUUUGAUGCUGAUCCAGUGUCAGGUGUCCGACCAGCAAGCGAGUGUGAGUAGGAUGGAGAAUGUGCUCCAAACACUUCGCAUGGAGUUUGCAACUCGAGAAGAGGCGGCAAAGACGCACGGCUCUGCGCUUGAGGCCAGUCUGCAGGAGGAAAUCCGCUCCAUCGCUUCCGCAAUGGCUGGCCUCUCUGGGCAGUUGCAACAGAUGGAGGCGCCUCACCCCGCCCUUUCUUCGGGUCACUCCGCCGCAGCCGUUGGCCUGGGUACAGGGAACGAUACCACUCAGGCAUCGGCCCACUUCAGCCAGUCGGCUUCCGGCAGUCAGGGGGCCACCUUUCCCGCCACGAUGCAGAGUAAAGGCAAGGGGCCGGCUCUGCCUCCGAGUUUCGAGCGACACCACGCCUUUUCCCCAUGGCCGACCACGGCUGCGGGCCCCUCCCAAUGUCCUCCUUCAGCCUUCCCGCCCCUCCCUCCCGACCAUGGCAACGGUAGACCUCUCUCUCCGGGGCAUUCGACACCGUUCUACUUCACUCCUGAUUUUGGCCACACCAGAACUGCCGGACAUCACAUCUCCUGGUCGCCAUGGACUCGAGCAGUCUUUACUUGACACACUUCCGCCCCGACGCGCAUGAGCACGCGAAUUUUGUCAUUUCAUUUCUUUCAAUUAAUUGUGGUGGUUACAGCCCGUUUGGGAUGUCUCGCACGCGCUUUUUGGAGUAGCGCAGAUUGUGCCUGGAGAGAGGAGUCACGGCUGGGGGAGUACGCGGGGUAUAUGACAGAAGAGCCAUGGAGAAGAAGAGGAAGAAGUACGGACUGAGGUCGACAUAUAUGCACGUAUUGUCUCG